AUGUCGUUCAACGUUUGGGCAUCCGGCAAAAGUGUUCACAACGGUUUAGAGAAGAUUGCUCGACAUGUAAAAUUUGUGAGGCCGGAUAUUGUUGCUAUGCAGAGCAGCAAGAUUCAAAGUGCUCCAAAUAAGGAAGAACAGAAAAUUGAUCAGAAUAUUUUGAUGGGACUCGGAUCUUACAAUUAA